AUGACGAAAGCAGCUGCUGGGCUAAAGUUGAGCAACAGCCCGGGCACGGCGGUGCAGAACACGCUUCGCGCCCUGCAAUGCCGAGACGCUUACAAUUAUACCAGUGUGAAGAAUUGGAGCCACGUGUACCAGGUUGCUAAGAAUUGGCUGGCAUCAGGAAACUUAAUCGUUGGAAGAUAUAAUGCUUACGUCAAGUCCCGCAAGAUUGCCAAUAAGCUCGAUUUGAACAAAGUGAUUUCUGAUAUCAGCAAGCCGUGCUGGAAGAGAGACUCAGAGCACACGUGCCUAGAUGCAUUCAGGCAUCAUCCUGAAGCAGUGCUGCAAUGGCGGCAGAUGUGGCAUAGUCUACCCAAACACGACCGGGCGCAGCGUCUAGCCGCUGAGUACGCACAAGCAUUUGAGGCACACACGGCUAGACGCAUGGGCGACUCCACGUGCUUCCAAAUGCAGUACCGCAUCUUCGGCCGUAAGGUAUGUAGAGACGCAUUCAUCGCUCUGACUGGCAUGCACGCGUGCACGUUGCAAGACGCCCGUAAUCUUGCAGUUGGCGCCAAGAUGCCUGCACUGCCUCAUGGCUUGGGUUCCUGGGUGUGCUCUCGCCCACUGACGUACAUGAACGCGCGGGCAUGGCUAGUUGCUUACGCAAAGGCCAACGCAGACACUUCGCCCAUGAAUGACAGACUAUGGUUGCCAGCUGGCCGCAAACAAGAUUAUUUUGCUGUGUACUUCCAUGACAGGACGUCGAAGAAUGCAGACCCUGCACACAUCGCUUCUCAGAGCUAUUUCCUGAAAGUCUGGCGCCAAGAACUUCCAUGGCUGCAGCUGCGGGCGGCAUCGGGGCCAUUUACCCACUGUGGUUUUUGCGAUUUUCUCCACAUGCUCAUCACAGAGGCCAAGGAUCAGUACGUGAAGGACUUGCUGUUGCGAAAACUUGGGCAGCAUUAUGAGUUCCAAGCUGCGCAGAGGAUGGCAAUGAAUCAACUGUUUGCAGAAAGCGAGCGGCACCCCGAAGAGCUAGUGACAGUUGGUUGGGACAAGAUGGAUCAGGCUAAAACUAUUCUGCCGAGGGUGAAAGCGCUGUCCAACACGCAGUUCCAGAAGGGCGGGUCCAGGUUGAUCGUGCAUCUCAUUGGGGCUAAGCGAUGGCUCACGACAUGCGAUUGGUGCAAGCCAAUCGUGCUCUGUCCUGGGGUCAACAUUCCCGAAAUACGUGAGUGGUGGGCGCCGCCCUUGGUUCCAGAAUGGCCUGAGAAGUUCGUGAACUCGCACCUCGCGCGGCUUAAGAAGCUCCAAGCACUGUUGGAACAAGCCGGCCGCGACUGCAGCAAUCAUCUGGACUACAUGCGAAAACUCGUCAAUGAUGAAUUACCCGAGUACUUGCCCUCAGGUCAACCGCUCGAGGAGAAGAUCAACCUCGUGCGCAAGAACGCGAAGCGCGGCAUGGGCCAGGCCUCGCAGUUGGUGAAGGGCGUGGAUACUGAUGCACUGGACAAGGCUAUUGCGGCUGCCUUCCCUGGAUCAUCCGCAGCUGCCCUGUCUCCCCGGCGGCACGCCACCAUGGAGCGCCGCCGGGGCGCCUCGAUCCCCAGUCUGGCGGGCGCCCUGGCUGCAGGCGCCACGGCCUGUUGGGCCGCCCGGCGGUGCUUCGCCGCCGCUGGCGCCGCCGGCUCGCUGCGGCUCAGCGCCGAGCCCCGCCCAGGGGCUGGCGCGGGCCCCGAGGCCGCGGGGGGCCCGCCAGCGGACGUCGCCGGCCUCCACCUGUCGAGCGCGGCGUUGGUUCUCGGUGGAGUGGCCGCUGCCGCUAGACUGCGCCGCCGCACGUCUAGGCCGGCGGUGCCCAGCGUCUUCGCGCAGAUCAUGGCCCGGAAGCCCGCGCAGACCUCGCCCGCGCGAGGUGCUGCCAGGGCGGAGGAGGCUCCCUCGGAGGCGGCCGACAGCUUCGCGCAGAUGAUGUCGCGGAGGCCCUCGUUCUCAGGAGGAGCGGCUGCCGCUGCCGGGGCGGCCGCUGGGCUUGCCAGCAGCGCAGGCCAUGCGGAGGCGGCUCCUGAGAGGUGGUGGUCGUCGCUGGAGUUCCGGAGCGUUGGCGGGCUUGGGAAGAAGGCCGAGGCGAAGGUGGUCUUCGCGGACCUGAAGGGGCCGUCCGUGCAGACCAAGCUGGCCAUGGUGGACUCCGCGGCGCCCGUGGCGCGCGUGGAGGCGGCGGCGCCGAGGCUGGAGGCGCGCGCGCUGGCGCCCGAGGCCAGGGCGCCGGCGCAGGCGGCCGCGCCCACGGCGGAGGCCCCGGCGCCCGCAGCGCAGGCCAAGGCGCCCGCGGCGGAGGCGCCGGCGCCUGCCGUGGGCGCGAAGGUGCCGGCAGGGGAGGCGGAGGUCGCGGAGCCGGCAGCGAGCACAAAGUUGCCCGCGGCUGGAGCCAAGGCGUCCGCCGGGGAGGCGGAGGUGGGGGCAAAGGCGGGUGCGACGGAGGCAAAAGCGCCACUGGCGGAGGCGGCGAAAGCGCCCUCGGCAGGGGUGAAGGAGUCGACGCCGCAGGCAAAGGCGGCGGCGGUGGAGGCGAAGGCGCCAGCGGCUCAGGCGACGGCACCCGCUGCCGAGGCGAAGGCGCCGGCGAUGGAGGCGAAGACGCUCGCUGCAGAGACGAAGGCGCUAUCGGCCCAAGCGAAGGCACCCGCUGCAGAGGCGAAGGCACCCGCUGCAGAGGCGAAGGCGCCGGCGGCGGAGGCGAAGGCGCCAGCGGUGGAGGUAAAUGCACCCGUUGCGGAGGCGAAGGUGCCAGUGGUGGAGUUGAAGACAUCGCCAGUACAGGCGCAAGUGGUGGACGCAAAGACCACGCAGGCCACAGCUGCGACAUCAUCCAUGGAGGCGGCGCCACCGGCGCAGCAGAAGCUCGCCGCGGCGUUCGCGGAAGCGGCCGGGGCCCCAGGCGGCCAGAAGGCGGCGGCCGCCGCCGCGGAGGCGUCCCAGUCGCUCCCGCCCGCGGAGGCGCUCGGCGACGCGGUGGCGGCUGGAGUCGCCGCCGCAGGUGUCGCGGAGCAGCAGGACGCGCUCGGGCCCAUCGCCGCCAACUUUGCGGCGUCCUACCUGGCGGGUCAGGCCGCACUGCAGGACGCCCGCGCGCGGACGUGCGACCGAUGUCGCCUCCUCUCCGUCCGCACUCUCGCCGCGGCUGUGCGGCUCGAGAGGGCUCUGGCGCGGCGCCUGGCCCCGCCCUCCGUGGCCUGCGGCAUGGCGGGUCAGCGGAGGGGCCCUGACUGCCUCGGCUGGCUCACCCGGCCUGCGCGAGGACCUGCGCGCGGCGAGCCGCCCGCGCGGCCGACGGGCGGCUGGGUUCUCCGCCUGACUGGAGGGGGCUUGCCCCCCCUGCGAGGAGCCGCGGAAGAGCCCGCCAGGGGAGCGGAGUCUGACUCCUCCGAGGCGGCCGAGGCCUGGGUUGCCUUCCGACGCAGCGGCGCGCAGGCCUGGCAGGCCCACAAGGCAGCGGAGUCUGCCUCGCGGGCUGCCCAGCCCGCGGAGCAGACAGGACAGGACAGCCAGGAGGCAGACGAGGGCGCAGAGAGCGCAGGGACGGAGGACGCAAGCGAGGAGGCAGACGAGGCCGACACGAGCAGGGCCGAGGACGCAGGCCGAGGAAGACAGGAGGGCGAGGCCGACACGAGCAGGGAGAGCGACGCCGAGGACGCAGACGAAGGAGGACCCCUGGCGCGCUGCCCGCCCCAGCCUGGGGCCGAGGCAGAGGAGCUCGAGGCCUCGGAGGAGAGGGCCGCCGAGGACGCAGGCCGAGGGGGAGAGGAGAGCGAGGCCGAGGACGCAGGCCAAGAAGCUCUGGCAGGCUUGGGCGGCGACGCCGCGCAGCCCGACGAGGGGGGCGAACUCCCCUCGCGCUCCCCGCGGCUGCCUGGCCACGACAAGGAGGCAGGCGAGGCAGCGACGGCAGGGCGAGGCGAGGGACCAGGCGGGGCCUUCCUGGUGGAGAGCAGCGACGACGAGGACGCGCCUGCUCAGCAGGGGGUCGCGAACCUGCCUGGCACGCUGGGGUCGGCCGCCGCCGCCGCCACGGAGGCAGCAGAGGCAGAGGUGCAGCACGCGCAGGACCAGCUGCGACGGCUGCUGGGGCCAGGCGACGGCUUCAAGCAGACGCCCUUGGCUGACUUUUUCCCACAGGCGGCGCCGCCCCCCGCGAGCUGCGCGCCGUUCUUGCUGGCUGGCGGCGCGCGCGGACCCAAGCCGAAGUCCGCCAGAGAGCUGGGGCGCGCGAGGGCCCAGAAGCGAAUGGCUCUCUCGUUACAGGCUGCCGAGAGAAGAGCCAAGGCGGCACGCGACAGCGAGCAGGGGGCGCUGCCACCUGCGAGCGGCGGCGCCCUGACGCUCUCGCCUCUGCAGCGGCCGCGAGAGCCUGCCACGCCCGGCCCGAGCGAGCCUGCCACGCCCGCCAGCAGGCUGAAACCUUCCCAGGCGCCUGGCGCGCUGGCUGCGCUGGACGACGCGGCCGCCAGAGGGGGCGAGGAAGGAGUCCUCGCCUUGCUCCCGGAGAGGGGGAGACCGCCAGGCAGGGGAGCGAUCCCGCCUGGCGUGGCGGGCAAGAAUACCCCGAGGAAGGUCGUCGAGGCCAGGAAAGCCGGUGGCGUGGCGAACCUGGAACCACCAACGCCAGCAGGGAAGCUCGAGAUGAAGAGACUGGCCGACGAGCUCGCGCAGCAGGCGCUCGCUGGAGCGAGGCCUGCCCGUUUCUGGGAGAGGCUGACUGCAGAAACAGGCUACACCCAGACGGCGUUGAAGCGCUACCUGAGCGACGACGAGCAGAGGAGAGCAAAGGCUUGGACUGAACGAGCCGCAGAGGAGGCGAGCAGGCGAAGGAGCGCCGCGGCAACGCCUGGCUGGUCCCGCUUUCAGUCCAAGGACAGGGGUGUCCGGAUGGGCAAGGAGGGGGGCAGGAAGAAAACCAAGUCUGCGGACUGGCCUGAACAGGAAGAGGCCGUCUGCCAGUGGGCCAGGAGUUUGCUGAUGCUGGGGGUCUCCCUGUCUGACUUCGACCUGCUCGACGAGUUCACGCUGCUCCUUGAGGAGGAAGCUUGGGACCUGCAGGCCAGGGCCGCCGAGGGGGCAGAGCUGGCGCAGGCCGAGCAGGACAGGCUCGCCGCACUGACUGCGCACCUAGCGGAACUCGCCGAGAAGAAGGGCACCAGGAGGUACAGGAGGCAGAAGCUGUGCUUCCACUCGCAGCUGCACCUCCGCACGCCCAGCAACGUCCUGCCUAUGCUCCCUACAGAGGUCGAGGGCUUCCUGACUGUGGUUUUCGAGGAACCGCCAGAGGAGGCCGCCUGGAGGCUCGCCAGGGAGGCGGAGGCACGCAAGCAGAAGCAGGAGAAGGACGAGCCAGACGAGCCAGACAAGGACAAGGACGAGCCAGACGAGGCCAGGGUGGCGGAGGCCCCCGCCGCGAUGAAGGCGAGCAUCCUCCUGUCCGCUGCAGCAAGGACGGAGGCCAGGCUGGAACGCGACCAGAAGAACUACGGAGGCGAGCCUGGCAGGAAGAGGAAGGCGAGGCAGGGCGGCGUGGGGAGCAGGGAGAGGCGCACGCUGGAGAGGGCCGUCCUGCAGGAGGCGCACAGGCACCUCGCGGCCUGGGAGGCGCAGCUGCUGGAGUCGUUCCCGUUCCUGCGGGGCUGGGGGGGCACGGAGGCGCUGCCGGAGCAGUGGACCCCGACGCAGGCGACCGACGCCGACUGGUUGACGAGGCGGGUGCCGGCGUUCCUGUCUUGGCUGCGCGAGCAGCCAGAGCGCCAGGUGGUGGUGGUCGGGCACGGCGCCUACUUCAUGGGCCUGCUCGGCUGGCACAUGCAGAACUGCGAGGUCGCCGAGCUGGUCGACGUGGGGGCGCUGGUGCGGACCCUGCGGAGCGCGCGCCCGCCGCAGGAUCGGCGAGACGCGGCCGCGGCCCUGGGCAGGACCAGGCGGCAAGGCUGCGCUGCCGUGGACCCGGGAGGUGGAGGGCCUGCUGACCGACCCCGACGCGGCGAUCCGAGGGAGAACGCCGCGAGGGCGCUCGGGAAGAUCGCGGAGGCGGCCGCGUCGGGCGGCCGCGCCUCCCGCGCCGAGGCGCUCGCGGGCGGGGUGGCCCGGCUGCUGGGGGACGCCGACGCGUCCGUGCGCGCGGCCGCCGCGGAGGCGCUCGGCGACGCGGGGGAGAGCCGGCGGCCGCGCACGCCGCGGCGGCCUCGGGGCUGCUAG